GAGGCUGUAACAUUAAAGAGAUCAUGGCGAAAUCUGGAGCAAAGAUCAGCUCGAGAGAUGAGGACAGCUUCUUAAUAAGGGGCGAUACUGAGCAACGAGCACUUGCAAAGAGUCUUAUUUUAGAAAAGGUGCAAGAAAUACAGCGUAAGAGAAACGACGCACGUUCCCUUGGUGAACAUGUGGAGAUUCCUCAAGUUUACAAAGGCUUGGUAAUGGGUAAAGGAGGCGAUAAUCUCCGUGACAUCAGCACUCAAACUGGUGCAAAAGUCAUAAGGAAAGACGGUGAAGUAUAUAUAGCUGGUGGGACUGAGCAGCAACGACAACAGGCCAAACUGCACAUUAGCACUAUCAUCGCUGGAGCAAGACUAAGGGGAGUGGAAAACGAAUUCAACAAAGUAUGUCGUUUCAUUGAUGGCUGUAAUCUGCCAAGUGAUUGUAAGCUGAAGCUGGAGCAAGUUUCUGAGGGAGAUCGUAUGGUUCUUCCAGGACUGCAAAGUCAGUGGCGACUGAAACCUACUGAGGACUAUGAACAUCAGGAACCAAAUAGUUCUACCGAUGGUUAUCACUCGCAAAUUAUGGAUGCCGCAUUAAAGGCACUACGUCAAAUAAAGUAUGAAACCGAACAGCAACCGAAGGCUGACAUGUGGUGUCACUUGGGAAAGGCUAUCAUCCGGGGAGCCGAUGAAGAGGAAGUGACUGAAGGGGAAUGGAGUAUUGAUGAGGUUACAGCAAAGCUUCAAUCUUCAGAAGCAGAAAACUAUUGGAAAGUGGCCUUCAAAGAAGGUGUGAAUCUCGAUGAGAAAAUCCUGGAGGGUAAUUUGUGCGAAACGACGACUGAGGAUUUCAAAGUGAGAUAUGAUUUAACAUAUUCGACGCCAUGUGGGCACCAAGUGCGAUGCAAGGUGUGGGUGGCAAAGGCGGAUAUAAAUAAGAAGUUGGAGGAUAUUUCAAUCCCUUUCAGCGACGUGAAGAAUAUUCUCGAGACAAUUCACUUUGAGGACGAGGUGACACGGUCGAGAUGCCAAGGAUGGCUGGUUCUUCCAUCUCGAAGAUAUUUACAAGCCGAUAUUUUGUUUCCCAGUUGUGAAUUUGAUUGCAGGUUAACCAUUCGAGGGCGAACAGAUCGUGCGGUCAACGCAGACUAUGCACCAGAUGAAGAAACAAGACUCAUCCUGUCAAAGUAUCUCUCUGGACUCACCUUCGAUGAUGAAGAUGAUUUCGGACUCCGCCUUCCAGAAGAAACCAUACCCGAGGGAUUUCACUUGAUCCAUAAACGCUCCUCCAAACGAACUUUGUACACCGCCAAUGAGGGAUACGCGAUCAUUCUUUCCAAAGAAAGCUCGUGGCGAAGUGACAUCCGAAACGAAGACUCCAGAGAAUCGACUGAUCUUCAUUUGCACUGUAAAGAGUGGGAUGAGGCACUUUGCACCAAGGACUGGGAGCCAGAUGCCAUUGUUGCAAAACUUCCGGAGUUCUUGAAGUUUUUGAAACAAGUUCAAAGUUUUGUUGCACAAGAAAUGGCAGAGUGAAAUUUUCUUAAAGGACUAUAGUUUUUGUAUCACAUUUUUGUGAAAGAUUUUAAAUGUUUCUGAAAUUUUCGUGAUAUGUUGGAAACAUCGUUCACAAAUUUCGUUAAUAUCAAGUCCAGCCCUUCUCGGAAAAAUUCAAUUUUAAACCGUCAAUUUCAAACUACUGGUAGUAAGUUUUUCAGUAUGCAGGCAUUCUUGAUGGGCAACCCCAACUCUUCUGACCACUGAUUAGAUUUUUUUUAGUUCGAAAAGCUGACUCAGAAUUUACACCUAUUUAUUCUGUUUUCAGCCCGGUACUUCCGACAACGCCUGUUUUGGUAAUAUCCAGGACGCUUGUCGUAAUCUAAGGCUUAAACUAAGCAAAUACCCAGAUAAUACGUUUGG